GGAGGUGCCUGGGAUGGAGGUGUGUGAGAUGGUGUGUGAAAAACAGAGCUCCCGGUGUCUACGAGGUGAGCUGUCAGAAUGACUGGGGAGCCUCUCCUGAAGGUGGCGUGAGCCGCAGAGACGGAGCUCUACUGGCGAUGAGGGGAUCUGAGUGGGACAACCAACAAGUGAAGGACCUAGACCGCUCUCUGUCAGCCCAGCAGACACCCAGACCGGAUGCAUCGCCAUGGACACCCUGAAGGGACGUCAUGUUGACUGUAGGCAUGCGUGAAGUGACUUAGCAGGAUCCUCCUGGUUGUGCGCUAACAUCUGGUAUUGACUCGAGGCUCUGACUCAAAUCAUGGCUAAAACAACAGAGUCCCUAAACCUCUCCUUCCUGCUGGACCAUGAGAGGGAGGUUAUCCUCAGAGUUCUCCAGAAGGAUGAGAAGCUCCGGAAGUUGGAGGAAAAAAGGAUCAGGAAGUUGAAGAACGAGCUGCUGGAGAUGAAGCGCAAGGGCCCCCGGCGCCCCCAUGAGGCAGGCGAGCGCCAGUGCUCUCGUUGCCAGAAGACACUGGGCCUCAUUUUCGAGCGGGGCGAGGAAUGCGAGGACUGCCGGCAGCGUGUUUGCACCGAGUGCCGCGUCCCGCUGGCUAAGGGCAGGUGGCGCUGCUCUGUGUGCACCAAGAUCCUGGAGCUGAAGGUGCUGACAGGUGAAUGGUUCUUGGAGGAGCGGUCCAAGCGCUUCUCUCAUGGAACCGCUGUGUGCAGCGAUGUGGUCAAGCAAUCCAUCCUGAGCAGCCCUCCAGCGGACAGCAGGGUGGAUCGUGGGAGACCACAGCCUGACGCGAGAGCGCAGGAGAGGCCGGACACGCCCAAGUCAGGCCGAAGCGUCCUCCGCAAUGCACUGGAUGGGGCGAGGAAGGGCAUGCGCCUGGACAGGAAGAACGGGCGGGCGUCGCCGAGAGCGGACGGUGGUCCAGGCCAAGCCGACGAGACCGCGAGCGUGGGUUCCAGCCCUGACCUACACGCUCCCAGCGUGCACAGUAGUCGCUCCGUGCCCCGUUCCCUCAGGGGGAGCACUUUGGCGAUGGAGUCCUCCGGUCUGCCCACGGUGCCCAACAACCUGCGGCUCCAGACCAUCGGGAGGUCUCCAACACCCAGCAACCGCAGCGCAGCCUCCGGAAGCAGUAGACGGCCGGAUGGGGCAGAGAGCGUGGCUAGCUUCCACGCCAGCGAGAGCAUCCCGGACAAGAUGGCCGAGAGGCACCACGCAACCGAAUGGAGUCCUCCCACCAUUGCCGUGUCCAGAUCCUCGCUCUCCUCAGACCGCAGCCGCUCCGAGUUGGACCUGAGCGGACCGUGUGCCGAACCCGGGGAUGAUACCUUGAGCUUCAGGAGCCGCUCCAUGCCAGGAGAACUAAAUGAUGCUGAUUACUCGGACGACGAGCGGGACGAAGACAUUGACGCCCUGAUGUCAGAGCACAACCUGGCGACGCACGGGCGAGUGGCCAGCGCCAUGUCCACGCCCACCCCUCCGAGCUCGGAGCGCAAGUGGGGCUAUCUGAACGUCCCCGACUCGGAUGCCGAGACUAGCAGCCUCAACAGCAUCGUGAGCACGUACAGCGACAUGGGGGACUACAGCCACACGGUUGUCAGCGGGGAGAUCCUGCUCAACAUCUCCUACAGCUACAAGACGGGCGCCCUCAACAUUGUGGUGAAGGAGUGUCGCAACUUGGCCAUCGGGGACGAGCGGAAGCAGCGCACUGACCCCUACGUCAAGGGGUACCUCCUUCCGGACAAGUCCCGCCAGAGCAAGAGGAAGACCAGUAUCCGGCCCAACACUACCAAUCCUGUGUUCAACGAGACCCUGAAGUACGUCAUCAGCCACUCGCAGCUGGAGACACGCACGCUGCAGCUGUCCGUGUGGCACAACGACCGCUUCGGGCACAACCGCUUCUUGGGCGAGGUGGAAGUGCCUUUUGACUCCUGGGACUUUGAGAACCAGAUGGAGGAGUGGUACACCCUGCAGCCCCGGGUGGACACUGGUAUGGACACACUGCAGCAGUACAAGGGUGAGCUGACCGUUGUACUAAGGUACAUCCCUGCCGAGAAGAACCUCAUGCUGCCUCUUGACCAGGUCCAAGCCAAGAAAAGCUUUUUGAAGGGAAAGAAGACCAGCAUCAAGCUGCCCAAAGGUGGCAUGGUGGAGCUGCUCAUUAAAGAGGCCAAGAACCUUACUGCUGUGAAGUCUGGCGGGACCUCAGACACUUUUGUAAAAGGUUACCUUCUCCCAGACAACAACAAGUCCACGAAGCACAAGACAGCUGUGGUGAAGAAGAGUGUGAACCCAAAAUGGAACCAUACUUUCACUUACUGUGGCCUGCAGCCUGGUGACCUCAACAAUGUGUGCCUGGAACUCACCGUCUGGGAUAAGGAGUCCCUCUCCAGCAAUGUCUUCCUCGGAGGUGUGCGGCUUGGUGCCGGUACCGGCCAAAGCUAUGGGAAAGAGGUGGACUGGAUGGACUCAUUUGGGGAAGAGCAGCGGCUAUGGCAACGCAUGAUUGACAACCCAGAGGUUCCACAGGAGUGCACGCUGAUGCUGAGGUCCAGCAUGGGCAAACAUAAGGAGUGAGAGACUGAGAGGAAUGGACUUGGGCAGAUUUCCCUCCAAAACCUCUUCUCAUCUUCUUCCCAGACCUGUCCCACCAUGCCACAACCCCACCCAAAGGCAAGGAGUCACUGUCACAGAAGACAUGCUGUCAUGUCUUACGAAUGCACAGUCCAACGUCCUCUCCCCUCUACAGAUCAUGAAGCACUAGUGAAGACCAAGCACUGCUACACUGAGUUCAAAGUGACUGAGAAUAUCAGCACACGUCAUUGUCAGUUAAUUUCUUACUAUGCACUAUUGGAAUUUAUCCGUGUACCCCUCAGCAACUGAUGCAGUAUGUUGCCUUUUUUGAAAUGGGUUGGGCAUCUGUGUAGGUACGCGAACAGGUGAAUCCUGAUCCACUGAUGAAGGUAGCAGUCAAUCCAGUUCAGAGUAUCGUGGAGGAAAGCUGCAAUCCAGACAUUUACUGUUAUAUUCAGAAGUCUGCAAUGGUCUUAUUCUAGAUCGUAGCACGAAGGCUGGUGUGUAUUGACAAUCAAAGGAGCUUGAACUCUAUCAGACCCAUAACUUUCCUUUAAAGACAGACAGCUCUGAGAGAGAAGGCACUUCAAGGUGUCUUCAGAUGUAAAGUCCGCUUUACCAGGAAUUUGUUAUCAGUGUCAAAAAUAUACAUCAUGCCACUAACGUACCAUAGUAGAAUGGCUCCCCCUUGUCCAUAUGUUACAUAAACCUAUGAGGGCCCUAAGUGGAAUAAUUAAGGGAAAUAGAUGAGAGUGUAAAAUACCCAGGGUCAAUUGACUGGCCAUUGCGUAAGCGUAUUACACUUUGCCAGGUGGAAAUGUUUAAAUCCGAGAGGAGAGGUAACUGGUGAAAAUCUUUUCAUCAAGGAAUCACUUUGCAAAAACUGAUGUUACCUACACAAUAAAAUUUGUGCAGGUAUCAAGAUUUCAAUUGAACUAAUUUUCUCAGAGCUGGUUAACUGGCAAGUUUUCUGUUUAGCUUCUGAUAGAUAAAAUCCUGAAUUUACAUUUUAUUGGCUCUAUUUCGGAGUAACUCUGUGAAAAAUGCAAUACUUUCAGCGCAAACAACAGGGUAGCAUGCAAUAACUCACUAGGUAGUACAGCCAGAUCAUUGAUCGGUUGGGUAUAUAUUAAAUAUAUUUUUGGCACGCUAACAAUUUGUCUCUGUCUGCUGCAUGAUCAGUUAAUAGCUUGUUUGAGCAUAGCUACCCAGUCUUCAUUGAACACAUAGACAGCAUUCCAAAAACAUUAACACAUCCCAUUAGAAGUGAGAAAAAUCUGGGGUCUAUUUUUAUAGGCUGAUUUUAAUUUGCAGAAGAUCUGAUUGGCUGUCAGCAAACACCGUGUACCCAGAGGAACCAGCACGGUGCCAGUUGACAAGCUUGCGAGUGGCCCUAAUUUUCGUGUACAGGUGGUCCCUGAUUUACGAUGGUUCGACUUACGAUUUUCUCGACUUUA